AUGAUAAAUAGACAUUAUUUUAUUUGGUAUAUUUUUAUUUUUAAUAUAAUAAACAAAAUAUAUUUUGAAAAUAUAAAAUAUAUAAACUAUGAGGUAGUGGUAAGGAAGAAAAAAUAUAUAGAAAGGGGUAUAGGAAGUAAUUUUAUAUUUACAAGAAGAUAUUAUAAGAACCGACUUUUGAAUGAUGUAUCUUAUAUAAAUAGUAAUAAAAGAAAAGAUGGAGAGGAUAAAAAAAAAGGAAAUAUAAAAAAAUAUAUAAAUAAUAAAAAAAAAAAAAUUGAUAAUUCUUAUAAUUAUAAAAAUAAAAAUAUUAAGAAAAAUAAAACAAAAAUAAGAAAGGAGCAAAGUUCUUAUUUAGAUAAAAGGUCUAAUAUAAAUAUAAAUGAAAAAGAAGAAAUAAAAAAAAAAAUAAAAGAUAUACAAAGAAAAAGAUUAAUUAUACAUUUUAAACAAGAUAAUAAUAUAUUAAGUUCAAGAAAUUAUAAACAUAUUUUUAUGAAGAUCCUUUCGAAUUGUGGUCAUAUUGAAAAAUUAAUUUUUAUAAAUUUUUAUUUAUAUGAAUUUCCUAAAUAUAUAAACAAUGAAGAAAUGAUUUUAAAUAUUUGUCUUCGCCUAUUAGAAAGUCGAAGAAUUAACGUUGAGAAGGACACUCAAAUAAAUCAUGGUCUACAAAUGAAGAGUGAUAAUAAAAUGGGAGAUAAUAUAAAGAGUGAUAAUAAAAGGGGAGAUAAUAAAUAUGACAAUAAUAUAUAUGACAAUAAUAAUAGUAAGAAUAGUAAGAUUAAUGUUGCAUGUCCAAUCAAAGACAAGACGAAGGAGCUACCACAUGGAUCUGCUUCUACAUCUACAUUUACAUCUAUAUCCACAUCUCCAUAUAUAUUGUCACUGAAAGAUAAAAGAAAAUAUGAGAAUAAUAAAAAUCAUAUAUUUAAAAUUAAUCAUAGUAAUAAAAAUAAAGAUAAUAAUAAUAAUUAUCAUAUUAAUAGUAAUAAUAAUAAUAGUAAUUCUAAUCACAGUUCGGCCAAAUAUCAAAGCGAAAGAUUAAAUAAAAAAAUGAUUGGAACGAAUAUUUUAGAUGGUUAUGAUAUAAUACAGAUCGAAGAGGGCAUGAAUUUAUCAUAUAAUUAUGAAGUUAAUGAUGUUAAUGUUUGUAUUAUUGAUACAGGAAUAGAUGAUGAGCAUGUAGAUUUAAAAGAUAAUAUUAUAGAAAAGAAAGAAUAUAUGAAAAAAAGCGACAAAAAUUAUAAUAGAAAUGAUAAUAAUAAUAAUAAUAAUAUAUAUAAUAUUGAUAAUAUGUUACGUAAAAGAUUAUUUUUAAAAGAAAAAGAAGAAUGUUGUAAUAAUAAUAAUUCUAAUGACGGACAUGGGCAUGGAACAUUUAUUGCUGGUAUUAUUGCAGGCAACUCUCCUAAACAAAAAAGAGGAAUUAAAGGUAUUAGUAAGAAAGCAAAAUUAAUUAUAUGUAAAGCUUUAAAUAAUAAUAAUGCUGGUUAUAUUAGUGAUAUAUUAGAAUGUUUUAAUUUCUGUGCUAAGAAAAAAUCAAAAAUAAUAAAUGCUAGUUUUGCUAGUACUACACAUUAUCCAUCUUUAUUUCAAGCUUUAAAAGAAUUACAAAAUAAAGAUAUUCUUGUUAUUUCCUCAUCUGGAAAUUGUUCAUCCAAUUCAAAAUGUAAACAAGCAUUUCAAGAAUGUAAUUUAAAUAUACAAAAAUUAUAUCCAGCUGCUUAUUCAGCAGAUCUAAAUAAUAUUAUCUCUGUAUCUAAUAUGACACAACAAUCAAAUGGAAAUAUUGAAUUAUCAUCAGAUUCUUGUUAUAGCCCAAAUUAUGUACACCUUGCUGCACCUGGAGGUAAUAUUAUUUCUACUUUUCCUCAUAAUAAAUAUGCUAUAAGUAGUGGUACCUCUUUCUCAGCAGCUGUUAUAACAGGUCUCGCUUCCUUAGUCUUAUCAAUAAAUUCUCAUUUAAAUAGUCAACAAGUUAUAGAAAUAUUUAAAAAUUCUAUAGUACAUACAAAAUCGCUAGAAAGCAAGGUGAAAUGGGGCGGGUUCAUAAAUGUCUACGAUCUGGUCAAAUUGACAAUUGAUAGUUUGCCAAAGCACAACCAAGCAUAA